AUGGCCGUGGAGAGCCCGAGUGUCCCCCCCGCCGCCGCCGCCUCCCCCCCCAGCCCGCACUGCACUCCCCCUUCUCCGUCCUGCCAUGGCAGCUGCAGCCUCCCCCGGCCGCCGCCGCCGCUCCAAGGCCACCAUCACGGCCCGGACGAAAGGGAGGACGGAGAGCUGGAGGAAGGCGAGCUGGAGGACGACGGCGCCGAUGAAAUCCCGGACCCUUCUCAUUCCCGCUGCCGUUCCCGGCGCUCCCGCUCGCGCCGCUCGCGAUCCCGGUCUCGCUCCCAGUACUCCCAGUACUCCCAGUACUCCCAGUGCCGCUCCCAGUGCCCGGCCCGGCGCGAGCGUCACCGCAGCGGCUCCGAGGAGGACAAAGCUCACCGCAGGCUCAAGAGGAAACGUCGCAGGGAACGGGAUCGGGAUCGGGAUCGGGACCGGGACCGGGACCGGGACAGGGACAGGGACAGGGACAGGAGGAGGGCCAAGAAAAAAAGGAAAUCCAAGCACAAGCGCCCGGUUUCGUCCAGCGAGGAAUUCUCGGAUUUCAGCGACGGCUCCGAGCCCGGGCCCGGGGAAAAAGGGCCCAGGAAAGCCCGGGAGCACAGCCCGGGACACGGGUGCUCCCAGUACUCCCAGUUACCCCGCAAGCCCCACCCCAAGGCCGACCCCAAACCUUUCGGGGGCUCCUUCGAGGAUUUCGACCCCGAGGAUUUCGGGCCCUUCGAGGCCGAAGAGGAUGAGGAGGCUCCCAGGGACGGCUACGACGACUUCGCCAAGGAGCUCAACCAGUACCGGCGCUCCAAGGAGGGAUCCCACCGUGCCAGAGGUCGGGGCCGUGGUGCCCGGGGGUUCCGGGGCCGGGGCCGGGGCCCUGCCCGGGGUCGGGGGCUGGGCCGGGGCCGGGGCCGAGCCCGCAGCGACCCCGAGGAGGAGGAGGAGGAGGAGGAGGAAGAGCCCUUCGAGGAGGAGAUGGAGUACUGCGACCCCGAGGAGCCGCUGGGCGACGACGACUUCGACGACUACGCCAAGGAAUUGUCCCAGUACCGGCGCUGCAAGGAGAGGGGCAGGGGCCUGAACCGGGGCCGGGGCCCUCGGGGCCCUCGGGGCCGUGGGAACAAAGGGCUGGGUCGGGGCCGGGGCCGGGGCCGGAGCGCGAUGGGAAAAUCCGGGAUCAACGACGACGACGAUUUCUACGACGACGACAUCGGGGACGGGGGCGGAUACCGGCGGGGCGAGCACGACAAAUCUCACCUGCCCUCGGACAAGAAGGGCAAGGUGAUCUGCAAGUACUUCGUGGAGGGCAGGUGCACCUGGGGUGACCACUGCAACUUCAGCCACGACAUCGAGCUGCCCAAGAAGCGGGAGCUGUGCAAGUUCUACAUCACCGGGUACUGCGCCCGCGCCGAGAGCUGUCCCUACAUGCACGGGGAUUUCCCGUGCAAGCUGUUCCACACCACCGGGCUCUGCAUCAACGGCGACGACUGCAUGUUCUCACACGCGCCGCUCACCGACGAGACACGGGAGCUGCUGGACAAGAUGCUGCUGGAGGACGCCGAGGCGGGCGCCGAGGACCAGAAGGAGGUGGAGGAGCUCAAGAAGCAGGGCAUCAACCCCCUCCCCAAACCCCCGCCAGGUGUGGGGCUCCUCCCCACCCCCCCCCCGCCCCCCCGCCCCCUGCCCCUCCCCCCCUCCCCGCUCCCUGCCCCUCCCCCCGCCCGCCCCUCCCCUCCCCCCUCCCUCCAUGAUCCCCUGGAGCCCCCCCCGGAUCCCUUCAAGAAAAUUCCGUCGCUCUUCGAGAUCGUCGUGAGACCCACGGGGCAGCUGGCCGAGAAACUGGGGGUCAGGCACCCCGGCGCCCCUCCCCCACCUCGUUUCCCCGGUCCCGGUGGGGGAGGGGCGGGGGGUCCUCCCCCUCCAGGGCCCCUCCCCCCACCUGAGCUCCACCCCGACCUCGGCCCCCCCGGGAUGGGCCCGGGUGGGCCCCCCCUGCUGCCCUUCCCCCACCCCGACGAGCCGCCCCUCCCCCACCCGGGCGUGCCCCUCCCCCCACCGGGGGCCGGACCGGAAGUGGGGAUGGGACCCGGGUUCUACGAGGGGUUCUACCCCCCCCAGGAGGGGGGGAUGGGCAUGGAGCCCCCCGCGGGGGGGGAGGGGACAGACGAUUACGGCUCCUACGACUCGGCCGAGGGUCCUGGGGGGGAUCCCCUGUUCCCGGAGGAGCCCGAGGGUCCCUCCGGAAUUCCCGGAAUUCCCGAAUUCCUGCCCUCGGGAGCUCAGCGCCUCUUCCUGCGCAUCCGGCAGCAGCGGGGCCCGGAGGGCGGCCGGAGAGCGGCCGAGGGGGGACGGAGCGAGCGGGAGCACGAGGAGGGCGAGACGGGCGGUUGGUACUCGAGCGACGAAGACGACGGCGGCGGCGGCGGCGUCGUCACCUCCAUCCUCAAAUCCUUACGGCACCAAACCUCGACCGGAUCCCAAAACCGACGCGGGGAUCUCCCGGGAGACCCCAGAAUUCCCAAACCCCCCCGGCUCCGCGAUCCUCGCCUGGCUCGCGAUUCCCGACCCCUCCCUUCGGAUCCGUCCCCCUGCGACCCCCGGCUGAGCCGACGCCGCCCGAGGACCCCGGAUCCCGGCGCCGGCCCCGAGGAGGACGGGGAGCGAAUCCUUCGGGAUAAACCCGCGAGCAUCCCCCUGGACGCCGUUCCCGGCCAUUCCCGGCGGGAUCCUCGCUCGCGGUUCCCGCGCGUCCCCCGGGACGUGGCGCUGUCUCGGCCGAGCUUCGCCCGUUCCGUGCUCUGGAGCCCCGAGGAUUUGAUCCCUCUGCCCGUUCCCGAGCAGGAUUUCGUCCCGGUCGGACACCAGAGCUCGGCGCGGUCGUCGUGCGGGCCCUCGGAUCCCAGACAGCUCCAACAACACCAACAUCAACAACACCAACAACACCAACACCAACAACACCAACAACACCAACAUCAACAACACCAACAACUACAACAGCAUCAACAACACCAACAACUACAACAGCAUCAACAACACCAUCAACAACAUCAACAGCAUCAACAACAGCAUCAACAACACCAACAACACCAACACCAUCAACAACAACAUCAACAACACCAACAGCAUCAACACCAUCAAUAUCAACAACACCAACAACAUCAACACCAACAACACCAACACCAACAACACCAACAGCACCAACAGCGUCCGGCCGGACCCGAUCCCGCCUCGGCCUCGGCGCUCCCGGAUUUCGAGCUGCUCUCGCGGAUCCUCAAAACCGUCACGGCUUCUUCUUCUUCUGCUUCUUCUUCUUCUUCUUCGUCGUCGUCGUCGUCGUCGUCGUCGGACAAGCCCAGCGACCCCCGCGUGCGGAAGGACCCCAGGCUGCAGAAAUCUUUGGAAUUGGGGAAUUCCCGUUCGGAAGCGGCGGCGGCGGCUCCGGCCGUGGCUCCGUACGACCCUCGGGUGAGCUGGGGGAGCUCGGCCCCGAGCGCCGCCGACAACGACGACGACGACGACGACGACGACGUCCUGAGCUCCAUCAGCCUCUACGACCCGCGCGGCUCCGGCGGCGCCGCCAAGGAGCCCCAAAACGACGGCAACGCGUCCCAAAAAUCCGGGCAGGAUUCGGGAAAAACCGGGAAAAGCAAAGAGCCGCCGUUCGUGCGGCGCUCGGCGUUGGAGCAGCCGGAGAACGACGGCGGCGAGAGGUCGGAGAGCACGGACAGGUACAACAGCUACAAUCGACCUCGGGCGAAAAUCACCUGCGCAGGUGAGGGAGGCGGAGCUCAACCGGGUAUCCGAAACCUCCCGGUUCCGCCGGCCCCGCCCGUUUACGGACUGGGAAAAGCCGGGGCUCGGCCGGGAAGCCCCGGUCGGGGUCGGGAUCCCCCCGAGGACGGGGAUAAAUCCCUCAAGGAUGUUUUCAAAGGAUUCGACCCCACGGCUUCACCUUUCUGUCAGUGAAGGGAGGAGGGGGGGUCUGGGAAAAGGGGAAAUUCCGCUGGGAUUUGGGGGAGGGGGGGGAAAAACAAAAAACAACAACAACAACAAAAAAAAAACACCCAAAAAAAAAAAAAAUCCCCAAAAACGAGGAGGAGAAUUUUGCGGUGGGACGCGCUCGAGGCGUGGGGGAGAGGAGAUGGAGUUUUGGGGAGGAUGGUUUGGGGUUCAGGCACAAGUGGGGAGAGGUUUGGGUGAGACCUGGGCUUCAGAAUUCGGCCAGGUGUCCGAAAUGGGACAGAAAUCCAGCCCAAAAAUGUGGUCAGGUGUGCUCAAAUCCACCCAAAAUCCGGCCAAAAUGUGGUCAGGUGUGCUCAAAUCCACCCAAAAUCUGGCCAAACUGUGGUCAGGUGUGCUCAAAUCCACCCAAAAUGUGGUCAGGUGUGCUCAAAUCCACCCAAAAUGUGGUCAGGUGUGCUCAAAUCCACCCAAAAUCCGGCCAGGUGUGCUCAAAUCCACCCAAAAUCCACCCAAAAUGUGGUCAGGUGUGCUCAAAUCCACCCAAAAUCCGGCCAGGUGUGCUCAAAUCCACCCAAAAUGUGGUCAGGUGUGCUCAAAUCCACCCAAAAUCCGGCCAGGUGUGCUCAAAUCCACCCAAAAUGUGGUCAGGUGUGCUCAAAUCCACCCAAAAUCCACCCAAAAUGUGGUCAGGUGUGCUCAAAUCCACCCAAAAUCCGGCCAGGUGUGCUCAAAUCCACCCAAAAUGUGGUCAGGUGUGCUCAAAUCCACCCAAAAUCCGGCCAGGUGUGCUCAAAUCCACCCAAAAUGUGGUCAGGUGUGCUCAAAUCCACCCAAAAUCCAGCCAGGUGUGCUCAAAUCCACCCAAAAUCCACCCAAAAUGUGGUCAGGUGUGCUCAAAUCCACCCAGAAUUCGGCCAGGUGUCCGAAAUGGGACAAAAAUCCACCCAAAAUCUGGCCAGGUGUGUUCCAAAUUCACCCAAAAUCUGGCCAGGUGUGCUCAAAUCCACCCAAAAUCUGCCCAGGUGCCCAAAUUUAUCCAAAAUCCACCCAAAAUUCAACCAGCUCUGCAAAAAUCCACCCAAAUUUCCCCAAAAUCCACCCAGAUUUCCCCCCCAAAAAAAAAAAAAAUCCAGCUAGAUCCACCCAAAUUUCCCCAAAUUUUUCCAAAUUUCCCCAAAA